CGCUAGACGGGGACAUUCAAACUGCGUAUUUAUCUCUCUGUAAGCCCUACCUUCCGAAUUCUUAUUUUUCCGAAGUUCAUACCCAACUAAAAAUCGUGGCUCUUUUAAUUUUGGAGUGCAAAUAAAUUCAGUUCCUUAAAAGAGGAAAAAGAAGUUGCUCAAAAUUCUUCGUUUUGCUUUUUAAUGGACAGCCCAAAGAUUAAAAUAUGUGUAUAUAUCUUGAACCCUUUGCUCAGAAAGCUCGAAUCUUGAAGAUUUAGGUUUGAAAAUCUCCUUUUUUUGUUUGAUGUGAAUUUCAUGAUAAAAUGACUGUUUUGCCUACAAGCGAUACAAUACACAUAAGGGAAGUCUGGAAUGACAAUCUUGAAUAUGAGUUUGGUUUGAUUCGUGAUAUCAUAGAUGAUUACCCGUAUAUAGCUAUGGACACCGAGUUUCCAGGUAUUGUUCUUCGUCCCUUGGGCAAUUUUAAGAGCUCCUCUGAGUAUCAUUUUCACACUCUGAAGGCCAAUGUGGAUCUUCUCAAGCUAAUUCAGUUAGGCCUCACUUUUUCUGAUGAGAAGGGAAACCUUCCCACCUGUGAUACUGGCAAAUACUGUGUCUGGCAAUUCAAUUUCCGUGAGUUUGAUCGCAAUGAGGAUGUUUAUGCACAUGACUCUAUCGAGCUGUUAAGCCAUAGUGGCAUUAAUUUCGAGAAAAAUAAUGAGCAGGGUAUUGAUGCUUAUCGCUUUUGCGAGCUUCUGAUGUCUUCAGGGAUAGUGUUGAAUGAUAAUGUGCAGUGGGUAACUUUUCACAGUGCCUAUGAUUUUGGGUACUUGCUGAAGCUGUUGACUUGCCAGAGUCUGCCGGAUACUCAGGCAGGGUACUUGGAUUUGAUCAAGAUGUACUUCCCAAUUGUCUAUGAUAUCAAGCAUCUGAUUAGGUUCUGCAACAGCCUUCAUGGUGGACUAAACAACCUUGCCGAGCUUUUGGAAGUGGAGCGCGUCGGCAUUUGUCAUCAAGCUGGUUCUGAUAGUUUGCUUACUUGUUGUACAUUCAUCAAGUUGAAAGAGAAUUUCUUUAAUGGCUUGAUUGAAAAAUAUGCUGGAGUGUUGUAUGGUCUUGAUGUUGAGAAUGGACAGAUUGCUUAUUAAAUGAAAUUAAAUAUGAAUUUAUAAAGUAAAAUAAGAACCUGUUUUGGGAAUAAAUAUUGCCUUGUUUCUGUU